CCGCCCCGCUCGCGGACGGCGGCCGGCCUGCUGUGGUGCCGCUAGUGCGCAGGGCGAUGCAGCUGCCGCCCGCGCUGCACUCCCGCUUGGCGGGGGCACCCGGGGCGGCCGCGCCGCUGCCUGUGGAGCGGGACCCCGCGGCCGGGGCCCCGCCCUUCCACUUCGCGGCGCGCCGGGUGCGCUUCCCGCGGGACCACGAGUUUUUCGAGGACGGCGAUGUGCAGCGACACCUCUACCUCCAGGACGUGCUCACGCAGGUGACAGGGGCGCCUGAGAGACCCAGGGUGCCCGAGUUCACCUGUCAGGUGGCAGGGUGCUGCCAGGUGUUCGACACCCUGGAGGACUAUGAGCACCACUACCACACUCUGCACAGAAACGUCUGCUCCUUCUGCAGACGGGCCUUCCCCUCCGUCCACCUGCUGGACAUCCACAUACUGGAGUGGCAUGACUCUCUGUUCCAGAUCCUAUCCGAAAGGCAGGACAUGUAUCAGUGCCUGGUGGAAGGCUGUACAGAGAAGUUCAAGACCAGCAAAGACAGGAAGGAUCACCUGGUGAGACGUCACCUCUACCCAGCCGACUUCCGAUUUGAUAAACCGAAGAAAAGCAGAGGUCCAGCCACACCAGUGGCCACUGUACAAGUGUCGGCAAAAGCUCUGGGGGAUGAUGGGGAGCAGUCGGGAGGGGACGCCAUGGAAGUCUGCUCUGAACAUGCGGCCCCCCUCCCAGAAUGCGUGGGCGAGCGGCGGACAUACAACCACAGAAUACCUUCUACCAUCUGUUUCGGUCAAGGUGCAUCACGAGGAUUUAAAAGCACCAAGAAAAGAAAGGAACACCGGUGA